UAACUGCUACUCUUAACUCUUAAAUGAGGGUGCCCUCUUCCCAUGCCUUGAAACUGUAUCACAGAUACUGUCCAGCCCUAGUAAGACACUGGCCCAAAGCUGAUGCUUCUGUACACAUUAUAAGAGCUGGGGCUUAUGUAUAAUGCAGCGUUGGGGAGAGGAAUCGCUUAUGUAACUGGGAUGCAGCAGAUUUAGUGGAAGGCAGACAGAUUUAGUAGAGGCAGACGGAGGACAGAGAAUGGGAACAAUGAACUGUCGGCAGGGGCAACACACCCAGGUGGCUACUUCUCGUAAGGGUGGCAACAUACAGAUCCUCUGGGUCCGAGGCUGGAAGAGCCUCUGCUCAGGUGUGGGGACCAUGAGGUCAGGUCUGGAAGAACUCUGGGAACUAUAGGGGCAUCACUGCCAGCACCAGGAGACCCUAGAGAAGCCUUCUUCUGAGUGGCCUGUACCUCAGUUCAUCAACCUCUUUCUACCAGAGUUUCCCAUGAGGCCCAUUAGGGGGCAGCAGCAGCUGAAGAUUUUAGGCCUUGUGGCUAAAGGGUCUUUUGGAACUGUCCUGAAGGUGCUAGAUUGUGCCCAGAAAGCUGUAGUUGCAGUGAAGGUAGUAUCCACGGUAAAAGUCCUACAGAAGGACAUCCUGAGGCAGUGCAAAGAGGAAGUUAACAUCUGGCAACAAAUCAGCCAUCCUUUUGUACACAGCUUGGGAGAUACCUGGCAGGGAAAACGACCCCUCUUUAUUAUGUGUAGCUACUGCAGCACAGAUCUGUACUCCCUGUGGUCUGCUGUUGGCUGCUUUCCUGAGGCUUUGCUCCGUCUCUUUGUGGCUGAGCUGGUCCUUGUGCUGUGCUAUCUCCAUGACUUGGGUAUCAUCCAUCGAGAUGUGAAGAUGGAGAAUGUUCUUCUGGAUGAACGAGGCCAUCUGAAACUGACAGACUAUGGUCUGUCCUGCCACCUGCCUCAGGGCACCCAAGCCUAUACUAUCUGUGGCACUCUUCAAUACAUGGCCCCAGAGGUCUUAAGUGGUGGACCUUACAACCAUGCUGCUGAUUGGUGGUCCCUAGGUGUCUUGCUUUUCUCUCUGGCAAUUGGAAAGUUUCCAGUGGCCGCAGAAAGAGAUCAUGUGGCCAUGUUGGCAAGUGUAACUCACUAUGACUCUGAGAUCCCAGCUUCUCUUAAAAGGGAAUUCUCACUCCUGCUUCAGGAGCUCUUGUUCCAGAACCCCCUCCACCGGCUACGUUAUCUACAUCACUUCCAGGUCCACCCUUUCUUUUGGGGUGUGGCCUUUGACCCACAGCUCCUACAGAAGCAGCCAGUGAACUUUGUCAUGGAAACACAAGAAACCCAGCCCAGUCCAUUGGAGCCCAUGCCCUUCAAAGACUUUGACUGUGAACUGGAACCCUUCCUUGACUACUCCAUCCCUGCUUGACCCUCUUCUACUGUAGAUUGGGGCCACGCUGGGAUCCAGAGGAUCUCCUUUGCCACCAACUCAGUAUGACCAUCGUGAUUAUCUAGUUUUUACUUUGUAGCACCUUACCAUUCUGUUCUAGGUGUUAGACCAGAGUUCAGUUUUUGGGCACUCCUACUGAGAACUACAACUGAAUCUAGCCCUUCCCCAUCAUACAACCCACCUCUCAAAAUUCAGCAUCUAAAACCAGUCUAGUAACCUUUUCCUUUGCUUCACUUUUCUAGUGCUCUUGCCUUCAAGUUGUCAUCCAAAGGCUUUUUCCAUUUUGCCUCUCCUUGUUUCUCUGCCAUAUUUCUUCCCUUGGAGUAGUAAUGAUACAUCAUAGAUUCCCAAGGUGCUAUUUAUGUUUAAAAGACUGGUCAUAAAUAGUCUGAUUAUUUUUCACAGGUCUCAAGUUGGGCAUGGUGGCACAUGCCUGUAAUCCCAGAACUUGGG